GAUUAUAAUCCCCCCCACACACAUCCUGAGCUGCAAGACGAACGUCCUGUAUGUUGUAACGCCGGGCAGCUUUUGAAUCCCUUCAAAAACGGAACGGUGACCGUCGACGAAUAAGGACGGACGGAUGAACCCUGGCGUCGUCCGUGCGAAAAAUUCCGUGAGUGCAUGGACCCACAGCCCCGUGAAAAGAAGAAAAAGAAAUGGAAGAAAUGGACAAACUAAUCGGAUCGGAUGAGUAGUACGUAAACAGGGAAAGGUUAAAAUAUCUGGUGAUUAUAUAUUUGUGUGUAUGGCAACAGCCAAACUCUCAUUUGGAAUGCUGUUGAUGUAAUCUCCACAUCGGCGGAGUGAUGGUUCGCUAUGUGUUACACACACACCCGUCGAAUGAUCCAGCACAACGUGACUAUCCAUAAGACGAGAGCCGCUGAGACUGGUCUUGUGUAUGCCGACUGCAUCAUAAGGUUCACAGCACGUGAAGUCUUAGCCCCAUCGUUCGAUCUGCUCAAUCCAUUCAGAGACGAUUGGGAUGGCAUCGAAACGAAGAUUUAAUGUUAAAGAACCGGACGUUUUCCUCGUGAGAUGCGAUUUCAUUUCCAGUGAAAAUCAAAUCGAAAAAAAAAACAUGUAAGAAACAACUGCCUUGUGUAGUUUAAGUAAUACAUGUCGGUGUACAACCGGUGUGAUCCCGUUCGUCCCCGUUUCUCUCUCUCCUCUAUACCGUCAUCACGAGUCUAAUAAAUACCAGAUUGAACCGAGGCUGCUGCAUAUAGAUGGAUGAGAAAAACAAAAACGGGUCUCCUUUAAGGAAUGAACCGGUUGCCUGUCCGUCAAUUCCGUGAGUUGGCUGUUCAGUGCUGGCUUCAAUCUUCAAUGUAAACUUUAUUCCAAAGCAGGACCUCCCUCCUAUUCUUUCCCCCCUCCCUCGAUCCUGCGCACAACCGACCGAGCUUUCACGUCACGCGCUUGGUACUGCAUUUCGCUACACGCAAACAGCUCGGCAAUGUUGUGCGCCGCUAUUAUUCCAUACAGUCAAAAGUCAAACUGAGUGUAGUUCGGACCCUGUUUUUUCGUUCAUGGUGCUGAUCUCAUUCGUUCACUCACGACAUUUACAUUACCGACUUUUCCCCGUGAUUAAUAUCGUCCCUCGUUCAAAUUGAAUUAAAAUAAUGGCAUCGGAAGAGUUGAGUUCGAUUGUGCACCGAUUGUUCGUGGUGGGUUAUUCAUUGACGACCUGUUUGGCGAUUAUGGUCAGCGUCAGCUCCGGCGUGGUGACCGACUACUGGAAGGAAACCAUCGAUGGAUGCAUCCUCUACUCGGACAUUUAUCAGGAUAUUCCCACCCACAACAGCAAAGGGCAGCCGAUCCAGCAGUCGAAAAUCCCCGUUCACAACAGUUCCUGGGUCAUGAUCGGCUCCGACAUUUCCGUCUGCAACUACACCACAUUCACGCCCAUCUUUUUCAUCUUCAUCGCCAUGAUGUGCAUCUCUUACCACCUCCGGAAUCUCUUCUGCAAGCACUGCUGGAGGGCUGAAGAAUCGGACGUCAAAUCCGAUUUCUGGGAGAUGAUGGUCCGUUUACUGGUCGUCUUGUCUAGUUUGAUGACCCUGCUGGCCCUGGUCGUCGCCUGCGUUUUGACCCACGGACACGACUACACCUGCAGCGGAUUACGUCAUUACGUCACAUCCCAGGGACUGUCCCCAUGGCUGGGCAUUUCCUCCCUGCAGAUUCACGAACUCUUUGAGCGACUCGAUUGCGGAUUUUUUUACUCGGCGCUGGAUCACGGCCUGAAACUCGUCACCGAACACGACGAUGAAAAUGAAGGAAUUACUAAGGCCAUCGCUGUGGCGGCAGUGGCCAGCAACUCGGCCUCAAUCAUCGACAGCAAUUCCGCCCUGGAAGUGGCCAUGGCUACCGGAUGGUUUCAGUUUUUCGUUUGGCUAGCGCUGGCCGUUGCCAACAUCUGGCUGGCGAUCCGGCUCAAAAUUCAAAUGUUUCCGGAAUCCCUGAACUUGCCCGCCAUUCCCAACAUCUUCAACAAAGAAUAAAACUUGUUAAAAAAACUAACGAAUUGAAUUAUAUAAAUAUUUAAGAUUUAUAUUAUUUUCAGUUUCGUAUUUGUUCACGGUCCAAAAUUCAGAAAAUGGUUUCAUUUUCCAUAGUUCAUUGUUGUUUCUCAUUCGCAGUCAUCACACACCUUUUUAAAUGUCUCUUUCUAAUCAUUUCUAAAUAUUCUCCUUUUUAAAUGUGUCAUAUUUGUAAUUUCUGUGUAAUUUUUCACCGGAGAAAGAAAAAGACAUCACGUAUAAAAAUUUGUUAUCACAUCAGA